AUGUAUGUACAUAUGAAUACGAUUACGGCAAAAGUAUUCUUCCUUAUUGGCGCUGUAACCUCCGAAGCGAUAUUGUCCGAGUCCAAUUUAAGUCCUUCUCCGGUGACAGGAGUUUUCGUUUGGUUAGAUUCGGCAUACGCCUCUAUCGAGGAAAUUCGCGCACUUGCUGCUCGCUUGUGUCGCGAUUACUUGACUGGCCGGUGGAAAACGAUCAACCAGGCUGAUAUCGUUGUCAAAAAAAUUAACGGCGGUUUGUCAAACUUCCUGUAUUACGUAAGUCUACCGUCGAGUGACAAUAACUUCCAGUUUAUCCAAGAUCAUUCCAGCGUAAAUUUAAAUGGAGAGGAUUAUAUUAAAUUAAAUGGUGAUAAUACUGAUAAUGACAGUCUCAAUAACAAUAACAAUAAUAAUGAUGAGAAAGUGUCAUUAGCGACAAGAAAAUCGACCAGUGAACCAAAUGAGGUAUUGCUUCGCAUUUACGGCGAAGUGCAUGGCGCGGAGGACGAUGCUUUGGGUGCCAUUAUAACAGAAUCAGUGGUAUUCGCUCUCUUGAGCGAGCGCAAUUUCGGACCCAAAUUAUAUGGAAUUUUCCCUGGUGGACGCCUGGAGCAAUAUAUAAAUGCGCGCGCGCUGCUCACGCGAGAAUUGGCAGUACCGAAAAUCUCAAAGAAAAUUGCCGAAAAAAUGGCCGAAAUACACAGCUUAGAUAUACCAAUGUCAAAAGAGCCAGAAUGGUUAUGGAAUUGCAUUGAACGAUGGCUUAAAACAUUGAAUACAAUUUUGGCGCGAACGGAUUGGGGCGACAAAGCGCCGCUUGUGAACAUAGUACGCAAAUUCGACUUCCGCAAAGAAAAGACAUGGCUACGUUCGGUCAUCAAUCAGGGCCUGUAUAAAGUAGUUUUCUGCCACAAUGAUAUGCAAGAGGGCAAUAUACUCUAUGCGAACUCAAGCGGCGAUAAAGCAAAUGGAACGAGCAAUGGCACGCAUGCUGCUGAGGACAAUACAAAUAACAGUGCAAGUAUUUUGACUUGCAACAAUACUAUUGAACCAGAUUUACGAAUCAUAGACUUUGAAUACUGCGCCUAUAAUUAUCGCGGUUUCGAUUUGGCAAAUCAUUUUAUAGAAUGGACUUUCGACUACAGUAACCCCGAUGCACCCUUCUAUUAUCACCGCAAGCAAAACUAUCCAACGAAGGCACAACGUAAACGCUUCUAUGCCGCCUACUUGCGAAAGUACAAUGAAAAUGUGCACGAUUAUGAACCCACGCAGGCCGAGUUGGAGGGCAUGGAUGCCGAAGUGCGGCUAUUCUCGAUGUUUUCGCAUCUCUUUUGGAGCGUUUGGAGUAUUGUGAUGACACUAGCGACCAUUGAGUUUGGCUACUGGGAAUAUGGCGUGGCACGCAUACGUGAAUAUCAAUUACUAAAGCGCACAUAUGAGGGUGAUAAUGUUGAGGAGGACGAUUCGUGAUAACCCCGUAUUGAGUCAAAUUUUGAAGCAAUGCGGCAAUGUUGUGAUUAACUGCACGUAUGUA